GCAGUUUGUGGCACAUGGGCCGAAGCGACGCUCAGCACUGGCCAUGAUAGUACAUCAUAAUACCAUGUGUACAGCUGUUAAUCAGUGGAGGAAAAGUCUCUAGGAUGAUCAUAGACGAUGUGGAAGCUCUGAAGUCGUGGAUGGCCAAACUUCUGGAGCCAAUAUGUGAUGCGGAUCCUAUUGCCCUGGCCAACUAUGUGGUUGCUUUGGUUAAAAAAGACAAACCAGAAAUAGACCUGAAAGUCCUUUGUGCUAAUCAGUUGGAUGUCUUUCUGGAGAAAGAGACCACAGGGUUUGUGGAAAAGCUCUUUCGGUGUCUAAUCACCAAAGUCUAUUUGGAAGGUCUGGAUAAAGACACAAAGGGAACUUCCAAAGUGGAGGGUAAAUUUGCCGUGGAAAAUUUUGAGGACAAAAAAGAGACUGCAGUUGCUGAGGAUGAUGGAGAUGACAGGAGCAGGCGGAGUCCUUUGCGAGCCAGGCUGGAUUUAAGCGAAUCAAGGGCUCACAGCAUCCGGAGGCUGGAGGGCCGCCGGAGCAGGGACGUGGUGCGCCACGGGAGGAGUGCUGACUCGUACAGGGAGCGCCGUGACCAGCGUGCGGGCAGCAGCCAUGGCCGUAGCCGCAGCAGGAGCCAGGACAGGGAAAGGACGUGGAACAGAGAGUAUAGGUGCAAGCAGGAUGCGGAGAAGAAAGCAGCAGAGAGCUCCAGACCUGCUCUUGCCCCCGCUGCCCUGUACUGCGGUGCCCUGGCCCAGCGCUCCUCCGAGAGGGACUCCAUCCCCGGCUCUGCUACUCUAGUACCCAUUCACUUGCCGGACAGCACCACUGAGAGCUGCUCCCAUUACUGCUCUGGUCGCGGAGAGGGAACCCCGUUCAUCAGGAGCAUGGCACUCGAGCACUGCUGUCACGACUAUGACGAACGGGGAGUCUGUGUGCGUGGUGACCUGUGUCCCUUCAACCACGGCAUUGAUCCCUCGAUGGCGGGUGAUGUCACCUUGCCGAGAACGAUUCCUCUCCCACCCCUGCCACCCCCGCCCAUCGUGCCACCCCCGCCCAUCGUGCCACCCCCCCAUGCCCACGCGGCCCCACCUUGUGCCAGGAUGCCUGCCCACUCUCACUUUCAGCCACAACCUCCUGGCAUCUUCCCAGUGGCUAAUAAGUACAACCCAGACGGGUACAACCCUGGGGUUCCAAGCACCACACCGGCACCCCAGAAUUGCCAGUUCAUCCCCCGCAUCCAGACUCUGAGACCAAACCUCAUUGGACUGACCUCUGGAGAUGUGGAUGUGCACAACACUCGAGGUGCCAACAUCGUGAUCCAGACGGAUCCGUUUGUGUCAGCAAUACCCAGCAACACUGUAAGGUACGGUGGUGAACAUGAGUGCAGGAAGAGGCACCCAGGGGCCAAUGAUGGGGCCCCAUGCACCAAUCCUUGUGCAAACAGACAAAACUACAGCUAUCAGCGCAAGGCAAACGUUCAAAAGAGGGGUGACUAUGGCGACACUAAACUGGAGGUUCGCAAGAUCCCCAGGGAUUUGAACAACAUCACGAAACUAAACGGGCACUUCAGCAAGUUUGGUACCAUUACCAGUAUUCAGGUCAAGUUGGGUAGUGAUGUGGAGGGGGCACUCAUCCAGUACGCGACCAACGCGGAGGCCCGGCGAGCUAUCUCCAGCACAGAGGCGGUGCUCAACAACCGCUUCAUCAAGGUAUACUGGCACCAUGACAACAGGAAGCAGCUAUGGCAGCCAGGGCAGCCAGGGCAGCCGGAGCAGCCGGGGCAGGAGGCACGGGGUCCCAGCAAGCCGCUGGGCCAGAAACCAGCCAACAUUAGCAAGGUCCCCACGAACACCCAGGUGGCGCCCUCCAGCCGCCUGGUCAUCAAGGGGACGGCAAAGUCGUUCGGGAAGACGGCCAAAGGUCUCGAUGCUCCAGAGGCUGUUAAGAAGAAGCAGGAGGUGCUAAAACUGCAGCAGGAUGUGAUGAAAAGGAAGCAGGAAAUGCUGGAGAUGCAGAUACAAUGUCAGAAGGCUUUGCUAAACAAGCUGGAAAAGUUGAAGGGGGUGGAACUGGAAGAACGGGCCGGUAUCAUGAAGAUGCUGAAGGAGCUAACGGAGAAGAUCUCUAAGCUGAAGGAAGAGAUGAAGCCAGCGCCCAGAGUUGCGUUCCGAGCUGUUGAGUCCAAGUCCAAAAUGGAUACACAGAAGGAGCUGCUUGAUGCUGAGCUGGACUUCCAUAAGAAGCUGGCGUCCGGGGAGGACACCACGGACCUCCAGCAGAAACUGAACCAGCUGCAGGUGGAGGUCUCCCGUUUAGGACUGAUCCCCAAAGCACACAGGAGAGCGGCAGCCCUCUGGGGGCGCGGAGGCCUGAACCGUAUGGUGGUAGAUCAUCGGCCGCGAGCACUUGCAGUCCUGGGGGUGACCGGGGAGGAGAAGGCCGACCUAAUGGCUCACUUUGCGAGAUUUGGGGAGAUCGUGGAACUUCAGGAACAGGAGCCACCCGGCAUUGUGGUGACAUUCAGGACCAGGGCUGAAGCAGAGAAAGCGGCGAACCAAGGCUCACAGUUCAAAGACCGGCUGCUGCAAAUCGCGUGGUACAGACCCAAAGCUGCAUCUGUGCCCGGUGCGGAGGAGGAGAAGGAGUCCUCACAGGGGGAGGUGAAGUCCUCACAGGAGGAGAAGCCCCAUAAAUCUCCCCUGCUUGCGGAGGAAGAGGGGGAUGAAGACGAAGAGGAUGAAUAUGAGAGCCGUUCGUGGAGAAGAUGAAGGGGGGGGGGGGAAAUACCAAUAAUAUUACUUUAUUUGUGAAAAGGGCAUUUUAUCACUUUUUGUGAUUUUUGAACACUUUUCUUUUCUUAAAAUGGAAGUUUGUGUCCCACCCCCCCGUUCUUGAAACCUGUGUGGCUGAUUUAAUCUCUUGCCACCAGUGUGUCUGGUUGCAGCUGAAGGUUUGCGCUACGUUAACAGACACAUGACCUUCGAUAGGAAAUGAGAACUCGUACCUGAGAAGGAGGCCCAGCGCGUCUUCCCGGGAUCGAAUGGGUCACAGAAACUAGAUUCCUGCAUAUAUGCUGGUUUCGUUUGAAGAUGACAGAAUUGCAGUGGAGCUGGGAAGAGGGCGGUCAAAAACCGUGUAUAAGGACUUUUUUAAAUUCAUAUUUUUUAUAAAUGUUAAGGUGGCACUGCACAUCAGAUCUUGGGUGUUAAGUGUGUGCCAUAAGUUUGUGUGCUUGUCAAGUGGUGCAUCUUGGGAAAAAUUUUGUUUUCUGUAGCCCUGUAUUUCAUGUAUAUGUAUGUAAUAUUUUUCUUCUGUUUAUGAUUUAUUUAUUUGGCUGUAGAGGACUACUGGACUAGAAUCCAUAUUAAUGACACUGCUUCUUAGGUGUUUAAAUAAUCAGUAGGUAUUCACUGGCGUUUCCUACAAAUUCUGUACCUGGCAUAAUUUCAGUUUUUUCUUCAGCAGACCAUUGUGUUUUAUUACAGCAAUUUUUUUUUUGUAGCCAGAUUUAUCAAUUUACUCUUUUACUGCAUUCUGCCAAUCUUUGUGUUAGAAUUUAAAAGGCUUGUGUUUUAAGCAAGCAAAAAAAAAGUGCCUAUUAAGUUAUCAGGUGUCAAUUUUUCCAUCCCAGUGAAAGCAUUCUGUUGUAUUGGUUUGUCUGAUGCCUGAUUAUUAAUGUUUGAUUUAUUGCAUGACAACUUCAUUAAAACUUGCACUUAAACUGUGA